CUACGGGUAUCAUAAAACAACAACCAUCCAAGCAAGCUGUAAAAUCCAAUACUUCAGUCAGUUUUUGGUUUCUCCCUCACACACUCAUAAGAGGAUAUAUAUUAAGAAUUUAAGCACUUUUGAGGAACAUGGAGAGGCUGAACAGGGCUUUCGGGGAUGACUUCUUGGAGUUCUAUAAGAGAGAAACUGGGAUUUCUCAGCCCAGAAACUUCGCUCGCCGAAUAUCUGCUUCUGAGGUUACAGUGAAGCGACUGGAUCUGUAUGGGAAAUUAAAUGGUCACGGGGGAUGUGUUAACACAAUUGACUUCAAUGCCACUGGCGAUGUUCUUGUCUCAGGUUCCGAUGACAGACGAGUAAUACUAUGGGACUGGGCGACAAGGAAAUCAAAACUAUCUUACCAAUCAGGCCACAUGGACAACAUAUUCCAGGCCAAGUUCAUGCCCUUCACUGAUGAUCGGAGAAUAGUAACUGCCGCUGCUGAUGGCCAGGUCAGGCUUGAUCUAUUGCUGGAGAAUGGUCAGGUAGAAACUAAAAGGCUAGGUAGGCACCAAGGUCGUGUACAUAAGCUUGCCGUGGAACCAGGGAGCCCCUACAUAUUCUAUAGCUGCGGUGAAGAUGGUUUUGUUCAACACUACGACCUGCGAAGUAAUUCUGCCACAAAGAUAAUCUGUUGCUCAUCUUUCACGGAAAACAAUAAGCAAUCUUCUAGCAGCAUAUGUUUGAACGCCAUUGUGAUAGAUCCGAGAAACCCAAAUUAUUUUGCAGUUGGUGGUUCUGAUGAAUAUGCACGUGUAUAUGACAUCAGAAUGCAUGAAAUGGACGCGUUGCAUAAUUCUGAUAGGCCUGUCAACACAUUUUGCCCCCCUCACCUGAUCAAAACACAUGACGUUCACAUUACAGCAUUGGCUUACUCGAGCUCUAGUGAGUUGCUGGUCUCAUACAAUGACGAAUUGAUAUAUUUGUUUCAGAAGAACAUGGGAUUGGGUCCGUCUCCCCUGUCUUCGCUAGGUGAAGAUGCAAAGAAACUGGAAGAGCCACAAGUUUAUUCUGGGCAUAGAAAUUUGAGAACCAUUAAAGGUGUGAGUUUCUUUGGUCCAAAUGAUGAAUAUGUCUUGAGUGGAUCUGAUUGUGGCCAUAUAUUUAUCUGGAAGAAAAAGGGCGCUAACCUUGUUAGGUUGAUGGUUGGUGAUAGGCACAUAGUAAAUCAGCUUGAGCCCCAUCCCUGUAUUCCUGUUCUUGCAACAUGUGGAUUAGAAAAGACCAUAAAGAUUUGGACCCCGUCGUCGAAUAAUGUUUCUUCAUUGCCUCGUGAUGUCCUUAAGAUAAUGGAAGCUAACAGGCGAGGUCGAGAGGACCAUUCACGGGUUACACUGACCCCAGAUGCAAUAAUGCAUGUUUUACGUCUGCAUAGGAGGCAAGCGGUGGCUUAUGUUGAGAGAAGACACAACAGAGAUGAUGUUGACAGUGAUGAAGAUGAUGGGGAAGAGGCUUAUGUAUUAGGAUUUCCAGAUGGUGAUACUGAGGAUGGUGUUACAGGAAAUUCUGAAUGCAGCAUUAGCUAGAGUCAUAUGUAUAAUAUCCGGGAACAAAGAUUUUUAUCUUCUACUCUUUUCUUCUUAUCUUCUACGAGUCCGUAUCUACAUCAAUAGUGGCUCACCAUCGUUUGAUGCGCCUUAGAGCUAUAGUGCAUUCACAAGUUCAGCUAACAUCUGAGUUUGAGAAUUUGCUGGCUGCCUGUUCACAGUAUCAAUAAAUAAGCAGUGUGUCAUCUGCACUUGAGCAAAGUUCAAAGUUUAGCAUCUAUAUAUUAUCUUGUAUCUUGA